UUUGUGUUUAUAAAGCAGGUUGUGUUUGUAGAGUAUAUAGAUGAUAAGAAAAUUUAAUGUUUGCAUUUAGAUUUGUUUGAAAAUUAAUUAUUUAUGCAAGUUGAUUAUAAAAAAUUGUGAGGAAUCCAGUACGAACUUCUCGAUUUAUCAUUAGUCAGAAUAUAGGCAAUAGACAAAAUGUCUUCCCAGCUUGAAAAAAUUAUGAUGUGUCCAAUCUGUCUGGACACUCUAACUAAACCAAUAUUGCAAUGCACAAAUGGACAUAAUAUGUGUGGAAAUUGCAUACUAGCGAACAGUAUUCAGCAGUGCCCCACAUGCAGGAGUUCUAUGACGAAUACGAGAUGCUAUCAAAUGGAGCAGAUGAUUGAGGAACUUCAGAAAAGUGUCAAACUUAAUUGCUAUUAUUCAUCGAAAGGCUGCAAAUUUGUACUAAGCCAAAGUGAAAAGGAAGCACACGAGCUGGAAUGUAAAUUUCGAAAAUUUUCAUGCGAAGGGAAAAAGUUUUCAAACUGGAAAUGUGAGUGGUCGGGACAAUACGACGAUAUUUAUAAGCAUUUUAAAGACUACCACAACAAUCACACAUGGAUGGAAUUUCGUACUGAGGCUAACAUGAAAAUAUCAUUCGAGAAUGAUUUUUCGGACGUUCAAAUUAUUUCAUUUUUAAAUGGCAAACAUUUUUUCUAUUAUAAGCACAAGGUGGAUAUUGAAAAAGAAAAGGCGUAUUGGUUGUUUCAAUUCAUUGGAACCAAAAAGCAAGCCGAAAAUUAUUAUUAUGAAUUUGAGGUUCACUUAGGCCCUGUAAGAAAACUAAAAUUUACAGAAAUAUGCGAGAAUGAUACUGUUGAUGCGAAUGACCUAUUUGCAAAAGAAAAAUGUGUCGUGCUGUCGUUUUUAUCAAUUAAAAGUUUUUUAAAUAGGGAUGGAGAAUUGCCAUUCAAAUUUAGGCUUAUGUCCAUUAAAAAACCAACAGAUAAAAAACGUUAAGAUGAUUCAUAUUUUAAGCUUUUGUUUUUUUUUUUUGAAGCAAGUGUUGUUAACGUUGAUAAUAUAUAUAUUCCUAUAAAUACUCUAACUGUUCAAAUGUAUUUGUUAACAAAUACAUAUUGAUAUUAUCUUUGACGUGAAUUGUGACAUAAAGGAAAUUUGGAAUGGUUUAAAAAAAGGUCAAGGAUGGUACUCUAAUUAUAUAUUUUUGUGUUAACUGGGGUUUCGCAAAUAGGAAAUCUUUUAUUUUAUAAAAACUAAUAUUAAUAACGGCAGUAAUCACAAAAUCAAACAAGACCUACAUUAAUGUAACGUAACUUCAGUAUUUAUUCUGGGAUCAUAUCAAUACUUAAUUCUUCUCCCAUAUUACUGGGCGAUGUUUCUAGUUCUCCAAUGUCGUUGGAUUCACUAAAAUGAGUAUGAGUAUUCAUAAAAACGUGUAAAAAAUAUUGGUCAAAAAAUACUGUUUUAUUUAAUGCCAUAUUAUACUUAUAUUUUAAAAAUUCUGUAAAAUAAUAUUUGCAUGUAUUUUGUUACGUAUUAAUUUAAU